UGUUGAUCCAGCCACAUUCCUCCUCCUCUCACUGUUUUUGUUCCCUCCCUCCAUCCCAGAGGAAAUGUGGGAGCAAACCAGCAGCCUGGUCCAGUCCAGGACCAGACGGGAUCCCGAGCCGACGCCUCUCCAGCAGCUCCGGCAUGUAGACCGCGCCGGCAGCGCCAGCAUCUCGACAUGGGGCGGGUCUACCGCGUGGGCAGGAACGUGGCUCUGGGGCUCGUGGUGGCGGCCGUGUGCGCUCUGCUCACCAUCAUGGCUCUGUCCGUGGCCCUCAACACGGAGCGAGUGCGGAGCCGAGGCCGGCACGGCGCCGGCGCCACCCCGCCGACACCUGUCUCCACCCCUGCUGCGGCCAAGCAAGCCUGGGAGCGCUACAGACUUCCGGCCUCCCUCCGCCCGCUGGCCUACGAGGUCCUCCUGUGGCCCCGGCUGACCCCCGACCACGAGGGCCUGUACGUCUUCAGCGGGCGCUCCACGGUGGUCUUCGAGUGCCGGGCCGAGACCGACCUCAUCAUCAUACACGCCAGCAAACUCAACUUCACCCAGCAGGACGGGCUCCACGCCGAGCUGCGCGGACACGGCGGCUCCAGAGCUCCGGCGGUCCGCAGCUCUUGGCUGGUGGCCGAGACGGAGUUUCUGGUCCUGCAGCUGAGCGGCAGCCUGACGGAGGGGGCCCAGUACCGGCUGAGCACCGAGUUCGUGGGCGAGCUGGCGGACGACCUGAAAGGUUUCUACAGGGGCCAGUACGUGGAGGACGGCGAGAAGAAGCUGCUGGCCGUCUCUCAGAUGCAGCCCACCUACGCCAGGAAAGCCUUCCCGUGCUUCGACGAGCCCGCCAUGAAAGCUCGCUUCAACAUCACCCUCGUCCACCCGCCCGGCACCGUGGCGCUGUCCAACAGCCGGGAGGCAUCGGUGGAGGAGACUCGGAUGGGAGACGUUUCCGUGACAGUCACCAGGUUUGAGCCCACAGUGCUGAUGUCCACCUACCUGCUGGGCUUCCUCGUCUGCAACUUCGAAACCAUCCACUCACCAGACCCCGGCUGCCCGACCAUCAGGAUCUGGGCCCGGAAGAAGGCCAUCCUGGACCGACAGGGAGACUACGCUGCCAACGUCACCUGCCGCAUCCUGACGUUCUUCGAGCAAUACUACGACUUCCCCUACCCGCUGGACAAGUCCGACCAGGUGGCUCUGCCCGACUUCAACGCCGGAGCGAUGGAGAACUGGGGCCUGAUCACCUACCGGGAGACGGCUCUGCUGUAUGACCGCGACAGUUCGUCCACCGGAAACAAACAGCGGGUAGCGACCGUCAUCGCUCACGAACUGGCUCACAUGUGGUUCGGGAACCUGGUGACCAUGAGGUGGUGGAACGACUUGUGGCUGAACGAGGGCUUCGCCUCGUAUGUGGAGUACCUGGGGGCGGACUUCGCCGAGCCCACCUGGAGCUUGAAGGACCAGAUUGUUCUGUACGACGUCCAGCGGGUGUUUCAAGUGGACGCGCUGGCCUCCUCUCACCCGCUGUCCCGGCCCGAGGAGGAGGUCAACAGCCCGACGGAGAUCAACGAGAUGUUCAGCACCAUCUCCUACUACAAGGGGGCGUCGGUGCUCAGGAUGGUGUCGGGCUUUCUGGGUGAGAAGGUGUUCGCCCGAGGAGUCGCUUCCUACCUGAAAAGCUUCCAGUACGGGAACACGGUCUACAGCGACCUGUGGACUCAUCUCCAACAGGAGGUGGAUUCCACCCCGGGCUCGAAGAUCCCACGUGCCGUCCACGACAUCAUGAACCGCUGGACUCUUCAGAUGGGCUUCCCUGUGGUGACCGUCGACACCCGGACAGGAAGCGUCUCCCAGAAGCACUUCCUGUUGGACCCGGAGUCCGUGGUGACGCGGCCAUCGCUCUUCAACUACGUCUGGUUGGUCCCAGUGAAGUGGAUCAAGUCGGGUGUGGACCAGGAGCAGUACUGGCUGCUCCAGGAGAGAGGCUCCAACAGGAAGAUGAGGGUCUCGGGAGACGACUGGGUUCUGGCCAACACCAACGUGUCAGGAUACUUCCGGGUCAACUACGACCUGGACAACUGGGAGCGCCUGCUUGCUCUGCUCAACAGGGACCACCAGGCGCUGCCCGUGGUCAACCGCGCUCAGCUCAUCGACGACGCCUUCAACUUGGCUCGCGCCAAGAUGGUGAGCUCCACGCUGGCCCUGAGGACCACCACCUACCUGAGCCAGGAGAGGGACUUCAUCCCCUGGGAGGCUGCCCUGGCCAACCUGGAGCACUACAUCCUCAUGCUGGACCGCAGCGAGGCCUACGGAGCGCUGCAGGCGUACCUGAGGAAGCAGAUCCAGCCGCUCUUCCAGCACUUCAGGGGACUCACGGCCAACUGGACCCGGGUUCCUGCGGGACACAACGACCAGUACAACCAGGUCAACGCCAUCGCCACCGCCUGUCGCAUGGGGCUGAGCGCCUGCCGGGAGCUGACCCGCGGCUGGUUCAGGAAGUGGAUGGAGAACCCCAGGGAGAACCCGAUCCACCCCAACCUGAAGAGCACGGUCUACUGCAACGGCGUGGCCUUUGGCGGCGCCGAGGAGUGGGACUUCACCUGGAGGAUGUUCCAGAACGCCACGCUGGCAUCUGAAGCCACGCGCCUGAGGGGGGCGCUGGCUUGCACCAAGUUGCCCUGGCUGCUCAACAGGUAUCUGAGCUACACUCUGGACCCCACCAAGAUCCGAAAGCAGGAUGCCACGUCCACCAUCGGCUACAUCUCCAGGAACGUGAUCGGCACGCCGCUGGCCUGGAACUUUGUCCGGGAGAAAUGGAAGCUCAUCUUCCAGCAACACGGAGACUAUUCCUUCUCCUUCCCCAACAUGAUCAAAGCCCUCAGCAGGAGGUUCUCCACCGAGUUCGAGCUGCAGGAGCUCCAGAGGUUUCAGGAGGAUCACGCCCAGGUGGGGUUCGGGUCGGCCACGCAGGCCCUGCGGCAGGCCAUGGAGACCACCGCCGCCAACAUCAAGUGGGUGUCGGAGAACAAGGCGCCGGUGCUGGCGUGGCUCUCGCAGCAGGCCGCCUCAGCUGAGGGCUGAGCCCGGUCCUGGCCCUCUGUUUCCAGGUGGCCCUCUCUUCCUUCCCAACUCCCCGGGUCACGGGACGGUGCUCAAUAAACGCUGGUAAACCUCAACAUGAC